UCCGUAGGAAAGACAUUCCCCAACCCAAUCUGAUUAUCUCAGCCCCUUUCCUGCUGAUGUAACUUCUGGCUUGCGUCCUUAGCACGUUUCCCUUCACUGUCUGCCAGGGAACCUAGAUAGGGGAAGAUUGAGGGAGAGAAAAAGGGAAAUACUCUGAGAAGCUGCAAUUUCCUGGAUCCUCCUCCCAGCCCCUCCUGACUCUUUCCUCUUUAGAAAGCCAAGUAAAGAACAGAGAACCGGAGUGGCGGCCAGGGCAGCGGGGAAGCUGACAGCCUGCAGGUCCCUUCAGCGAGAGGAGAUCUCACAGAACAGAUGCCACAGCAUGGCCAACACCAGACCCAGCUGUCCCUGACUUUUCACGGAUCCAGACAGGCUUCAUCUUGCUGGCAGGCAGCUUCAGGAAGGAUGGCAAGAUGAUGACCUUCCCCACCACCCGAGGUGGAGUCUCACAGCUCUGCUAGCCAAGACACAGAGGCUGCGUGGUCUGUACUGGCAAUUUGCUGCCUCCCUGGAGCCGCUGUUAAUGUCCAUCUAUGUGCACAUAACUGUGCCUUUCAUGAAUUCCAAUAAGAAAGUGGAUUUAAAAAUUAUCAUCAUUGGAGCACUGGGCGUGGGAAAGACCUCGCUCCUGCAUCAGUAUGUGCACAAGACUUUUUAUGAAGAUUACAGGACCACGCUGGGAGCCAGCAUCCUCACCAAGGUCAUCAUGGUGGACAACACCCCACUCAAGCUGCAGAUCUGGGACACGGGGGGCCAGGAGCGGUUCCGGUCCAUGGUGUCGACAUUUUACAAGGGCUCAGAUGGCUGCAUGCUGGCCUUCGAUGUCACAGACAUGGAGUCUUUCAAGUCCAUGGAUGACUGGAGAAAGGACUUCCUGGACAAGGUUCUCUCCCAGGAGAAGGACUUCCCCAUGGUGGUGCUGGGAAAUAAAAUUGAUUUAAGCGACCGACAGGUGCCCCAGGAGGCUGCUUCAGUCUGGUGCAAAGAAAAGGACAUCCCAUAUUUUGAAGUCAGCGCCAAGAAUGACAUUAACGUGGCACAGGCUUUUGAGACCCUCGCAAGACAAGCCCUGGCAAGGCACCAGGGGAUUCUGGAGAACUACUUAACAGAGUCCAUCAAGCUCACUCCCGACAACCAGCCCAGGACAAAAUGCUGCUGACCACGUCUUAUGGAGAGACCUGACACACAACCAAGAAGCCGACGGAGCAGUGAGUAGGCCUGGCAGCUCCAGCUUCGUGUUCAGCCAAAGACGACGACUGCAGGUUUAGAUGCCACAUCUCACAGCUGAUCCAGCAGAUCUCCAGACACUCGAAGGCACUGGCCUUUCCCUAAAGUGCCUCCAACAGACUAAUCACACAAACCAUACCUGGUUGCUGCUACAGCCUUUCUGCUUCAUUAACCUUCUAAACCACCCUUUCAGUGCCCGGCACUGUCCUCCUCAAGUUGCUGCACUGCCACACCAAGACAAGGGGGCCCCAUUCCCAUCCCUAGCCCUCUCUGCUCUCAUUUUACCAGCUGGCACUCUGGCAGGUCAGCAAAUUCCCAGCGGAGCCCUGCUGCUUACCGGCUGGCCCUGGAGCAGACACUCCCCAUGUGUGCCUGAGUGAUAGUGCUCGCAAAACAGGGCUGUGGUCUUGGCACCAGAUGGGGUAGGCCUGGCUAAUCUCAGUCCUUGCUGUGUGAACACAGAUACCCGGUGCUUAAUCUAAUGGCCCUGCCUCUGAUAUUCAGCAGGCACGUGCUGUUUGUUGAACAAGGAGGGUGCCCACGCUCUCCUAUCUCUGAACCCAGCUGAUCUUUCUAUGCCUCAGCUUCUCCUGCUGUGUCAAAUGAGGGUGAUAACACCCGCCUGACACCCAGGCAAGGAAGUGUCAUCAUGAGGGACUUCCUAAAGGCACCGUUUAAAAAAGGCAGGCAGGAUGGUGCACAAGGCUGGGAUUUAAGAGACUCAGAAUCAGACUCUACCUGUGCUAGUGACCAGCUGAAUGAUCCUGGGCAAGUCACUUAGUCUCUCUCUGGGCCUUUGCUGCCUGCUGGGAACCACUGAUACGGACCACAUUUGUACAGUGCACAGACUUCUGCUGAACAGUGCUACAAAUCCCAUGAAAGCGGGGAACUCUCAUCUUAAUAAUCAGAGGGAACAGCCUGGAUCAGAUUUUCGGCAGGUGCAUUCAGGGGGGAGGGGAUCAAUAUGUGGAAAGUGAAGAUGAGGAGAAGGGAUUUGUGCACCUGUGGCCCUCCUGAGACAUCUCUGCUUCUGGGUCUGUUCUGCCUGCCCCUGGGAAUGAUGCCCAAUGAGUGGCUUUAUUGCCCAUUGGGGAGGGGAUGGCGAGUUGCGGCUACAGCCCACUUUUGCCCUUUUGGUCAUGAAGCUCUGCAGAAACCAUCCCAAAGGCCCAUGCAGGGCCAGAGAAAAAUCAGAUCCUGUCUGCAGGCCCGCUGAACCACCUUGUCAAAUGCGAGAACAGGGAGAGGAUUCCCCCUGGCAUUCCACUAGGCAGGUCAAAGUGCUGUUAGCUAAUGAAUUUGCCAGGCUUCCUUGUAAAGGCUGUGCAAGCUUACCCUAGUCUGCAGUGAACAAGGAGUAAAUCUCAGCUUCCACAGGUGCUCUAGGCUGAGGCCAUAAGAAUGAGAUAGGGGGAGCUGGAUGAGCAGGAGGCGGCGCAUAUGAGCUGUCUUGUGUUGGGAAAGGAGGGGUCCCUGGGGAAGUGUUCUAGAGCAGUGUUUCUCAACCCAAAAACGGGUUGCAAGAAUAUAUGAAAGGGCUGUGAACAUGGAUCAACAAACUAAAAGUGAGAAAAAUGUGGGAAACCAUGGCUUUUCCCUUGCAGGCUGUCAGAGUUCCAGCCUGCAAGGGACUGCUUGGGGCCCCCCCUGCCCCACACAUUGGGGGCUAGGCUCUGGGGGUGGGGACCAGCAGGUGAGGAGUGAGAGGCACUGGGUCAGGACUGGCCCUUGAUGUUCAUAAAUAGGUCAUGGUACAAAAAAGGUUGAGAACCACUGUUCUAGAGGGCAGCCUGAGUUCUCAUUUGAAUGCUAGAGGAUCAGGCCAUGCUGGGUGGGACCCCUUGUUUGUGUCCCUCUGGAGUUGCAGCCCAGGUUACCAGGGGAGAGGGCAGUGCUGCAGGUCAUGUACAGUCCUGUGCCACCUCUCUCUCCAGCCUUCCAGACCCCAGGUGCUCAAACAAGUCCUGAGCCAGGUCCUGGGGGACCGCUGAAACCCUGAGGUGUUAAAGGGGAAAGCUGGUACCUCUUCCAUGGCUUCCACUCACUUACAGGAGCUUGCAACUUUUAGGGGUCCUGUUGUUGUGCUUUUCUUCCUAACUACAAGUGCUAGAAAUGUAAUUUUUGAUGACAGUGGGGUCAUCCCCUGGCUCCAGGGACUGGUGCCACAGAGAAAAUGCGAAAUAGCAUGAGACUUCUCACAAGGCUUCUUCUCAAAGCCUCCAGCAGCCAGGGCCCUACAGUGCCAUUCAGGUGGAAGUAUGCACCUGCUUAUCAAUGAUUACCAAUUACAUAUACACACAUUGACACAGGCCAGGCCUCCAACAGGCUCUGGUUCAACAUGCUCAAAGCUGCUUUACACCUGUAUAUCUAAGUGCAAAUGGGGCCCAUGACCCCACCCCCAUUAAUUUAAAAUCCUUCCCAGCAGAAGUAAAAGGUUUGCUCUAACAUGCUGGGCUGAGUAUUUUUGUUUCAGGUUGGAGAUUUCCCUUGGAGAAGCAAAUCUACCAGGGGCCUGCACAGAGAAACUGUUGGGUUCGGCUGGCACUGCCUUGGAGAGCCGUGUUAAACUCUAAGCCCCGAGCCUUGGUAGGAAAAUAGUUAUUGCUCGUUGCUUCCCCCUGCUCUCCCCCAUAAGGCUAUAUCAGCCCCCAAAAUGCAGGGGCCCAGCUGAAUGGCUUCUCUCUAGUUUACAUAUCAAGGGGUAGCCCCUACCUCCCUCUUGCUGUGCUGCAGGGUAGAUGUAAUCAGGUCCUGUUGUGUUAAGUGCUGCAUGAGCAGACAACAGUGGCAGUCAGUGCAGCACAGGGCUUUUAGUCCUACCAGUCAUGAACACUAAUUUGAGGUCUGUUUCUCAGGUGGUAGCAGCUUCCUUCAGAGUCCAGUGCAUGUCCCCCCAGGAUAGUUUCAGGGAUGGUAACUGUGGGGCCUGCCCUAGGGACUCAGCCCCAGUUGGGGUAUGGGGUCCCCUGGCUAUGCAGUGCUUGCUAUGGGAAGUCACCCUGGGCUUCUGCACUGAUUCUGGGGGCCCAGUUUCUGCCUCUCCUCUUUCUGCAGUGCGGCUUCAGGUUUAUUGGCAAUGCAUAAGCCUGACUGGAUUCUAGCUCACGCUCCUAUCACUGCGAGGGCCCUGCAGGGCUGAUGGGGGAACAGUUGGAUAUUGCUAGAGGAAACAGAUGGAGCAGAUAGGGUGCAACACUUGCACUGGGCUUGCUGCUCAGAUCCUUAGGGGAUGGGUCAAGGUGGGGCACCAGACAUGGAUAGUCAGUUCAUGAAUACUCAGGGACACCAAGUAGCAGCUGCUAGGGAUUGGCCUGGUGAUCCAUUCCCAAUCCCCUGCACCCAGCUACUGAAUUGGGGGCUGAGCCAGGGAGACAGUCUGUCCUUUCAUAGGCAGGGAAGGCAGAUGAGAGGAAAAGCCCCUCAGCAACUUUUUCCCUGCCAUGUGCUGACUGCUUUCCCCUCCAUCUCAGGACCCCUGGGGAAAGCAAUGUCUUUCCAGCCAUGUCCAUUUUGCACAGGCAUCAUUGCAGCCAACAAGACAAGAGGCUGGGUUUCAUGCGGUAGGGCCAGAAACCAUAGCCUCUCCCUUCACUGCAGCAGGCCCCCGAAUUUACCAUCUGCUCCCGAGACUAGUGCAGCAGCUUAAACUGGCUGGCGUGAUGCAAGCACGUCACAGUACUUCCGAGUACAUCACCCCUAUGGUAUUAGCCCUGGCAUGUUUAUCCUGUGGGUAUUGAGUGCUGUUAGUGUCAACAGAAAUAUUGUUUCUAAUUAUAUCCCUGUGCUGGCUGCUUUUAAUGUUAGAAGCAGGUGGGAACUUGAUCCAGUUUGUGCUGACAGGCUGUAAUAUGGGCCAAAAGCUGAACAGAUCAAAUAAACUAAAUGGAUGAAGUGGCCACUCCCUGCUGCAGGCAGAACAGCAGCUGACCUGCUCCCAGAUCUCAUGAGAGAUCAACUCCCCAUUAGAUGCUGUAAUCAGAGACAGGCCCAAGCAGCAGAGCUGGUUUCUGGCUCUGAUCUGGAUGGGGCCUUCUCCAGCAGGCAGACUGGGGAAGUCCAUCAGUGUCUGGUUGCUUUCUCCCGUGAAAGCUCAUCAGUUGCCUUGCAGAGGAGAGCUUCCAACCCCAUGCCUAUCUCAUGCUGGAGCCCACGAGCACUUCUGUGGACAGUGUGUGAACAUGUGCACAUGCAUGUGCACGCAGGCUUUGUCCAAUUAGUAACUGACCCUGAAAGGAAGGAAGCAAGGAGGGAAAGAAGAGCCCCUUAUCCCAGAACUGCAGGGUCCCUGCAGCACCUGGCACUGACCAGCAUCCAUGCUGCACAGGGCUAACUACGUCUCUACUAGAAUUAGACAGACCUAGGGCUGGAGGGAGGGCCUCAGAAAUGAUCCUGAGAGCCCCAACCUAUGCUUCAUGGGCACCCUGAUGCCUGUAAGACCCCUCAGUGUUGCCUGUAGCCGCAGGAAAUUAAACAGGUAAAGGGGAGGUUGACAGGGAAAGUGCAGUCUGAUGUUGCCUGCAGCUAGUGAUGUUUUCCACUGAAGGCUGGGGUCAGCUGAUUUAGUGCACCGCCCCCACACUGAGGCAGGAUCAAACACAGCACCCCUAGGCCAACCUCACCCACACUGUUGAAGAACUUUUCCUAAUGCCCAGUCUAAAUUUCUGCUGCCUCUUAAGCUGAUAAUUUGUCCUUCUUCUAGUGACCCGGGAGAAGGAAUUAUUGCCAUGCUGGAGGGACUGCAGAUCUGCCCCAAUCUGGCAGGCUCCAUGUUCCUGCGGAAGAAAAGUCAGCCGUACAAAGAGUGGCCCUAGUUCCCCCAGGAUGGCUCUUCAUUUAAGUCAGCAGAGCUAAGCCAAAUGGGCCUCACGUGUGCAGGAACCCUCAGACUAGAAAGGCACAAGCCACAUGAUAUUAACCCCCAGGCAGGGCAGGUGACAGUAGCUUUUCCAAGCAGAGGCUGUGAUGGUGCUUACCUUGCUUUGUGAGCAUUUGAAGCUACAAUCAUCUAAUUUUACACCUGUCAAGAUGCCGCCUCCGUCUCCCGACUGUGCUUUGAGUCAUCAUUAGAAGUACUUCCCGCUGUUGGCAAAGCCAGCAAGGCACGUGAACUUCCUGACAAAGCAAGAGAUGGCAGUGAGGAAGGGCCUCUGUACUUCCCAAGAAUAAGCAGAACAAGUCAGUUGUUCAUCUGCUCCAGCUGGGGAUCAAGUCUGUGACCUUGUAUUAUUAGCACCAUGGUCUAAUCAACUGAGCUGUUCACCUCCAGUCCUAAAGCAGGAGUCACUUCAUAAAAAACAGUCCACAACAUGAGGAACUCCA